AUGAACGGGGCGGGAGCCAAAAAGAUGGUGAAAGACUCCGUUUAUUAUUUCAGCAAGCAGCACAUUUAUAGCUUUAGUGACGCAGGUACAUUCUUUGGUUACGUGGGUGAAGGACAGGGCCAGAGCUCUCCAAAGUGUGGCCCACGGGCUGCAUGUAGCCCACAGUGUGAUUUUAUGCAGCGCCCCUGUGUUUGCUACGGCAUGGAAAUUGACAUAAAUGAUUUAACUAAAGCACUUGUGUCGAUUUCUGUGAUUGUGGUGGACACAGAUAUAUCACAUCUCCUUUACACUGAGCCAUCAUACAUCCCUACAAAGACGCCAAUUUAUACAUCAAAACCUUACAUAAAUCACUGUGAAAACUACACCUGUGAGAAUGAUGGCGUCUGUGUUACACGCAGUGAGAAAGCAGAAUGCAGGUGCUAUUCUUCAGUAGGGAAUAGACAUGUUGGCAAACAGGAACUUUCCAUAGGAUCUGGUUGUGACAGAAUAGCCACAGUUCAACAUGAGUUCCUCCAUGCCCAUGUCAUAAUAAUGGAGGACAGAAUUGAGUCAGGAAAGGAGCACAAUUUCAAUACUUAUGAUGACACGGUAUCAGACUCUCUGAAUGUUCCCUAUGACUACAUAUCCAUGAUGCACUACAGCAAAACUGCCUUCCAAAAUGGAACAGAACCAACAAUCGUGACCAAGAUCCCUGACUUCUUGGAUGUGAUCGGACAACGAAUGGAUUUCAGCGAUUAUGACCUUGAGAAACUGAGUCGGCUCUACAACUGCUAUUCUUCCUUAACCUUUUUGGACUCAUGUGAUUUCGAACUGGAAAAUAUCUGUGGCAUGAUUCAAAAUUCAGAAGAUAAUGGUGACUGGCAGAGGGUUUCACAGGCGUCUGGUGGGCCUGACACUGAUCAGUCACAUCAGGGCAAGUGCAAAGACUCCGGCUUCUUUAUGCACUUUGACAGCAGCUCUGUGAACGUAGGGGAAAAGGCGAUCCUGGAAAGCUGCAUAUUUUAUCCCAAGAGAGAAUUUCAGUGCUUGCAGGUUUUUUACUACAGCAGUGGUAGCACUGAUGACCAGCUCAAGAUCUACGUCAGGGAGUAUACCUCAGACAAUGGUGAUAGCUCCCUCACUCUGGUGGCUGAAGUGAAAGAUGCACCCAUUGGGAGCUGGCAACUCUAUCAUGUACCAUUGGCAGUUACCACCAAAUUCAGGGUGGUAUUUGAAGGAACUCGAGGUACUGGCACAACAACUGGUGGUCUCUCCAUCGAUGACAUCAAUCUUUCAGAAAUACGUUGUCCUCAUUAUGUGUGGAAGAUAGACAAUUUUUCACAACACAGUAACUCAAAUGAAGGCAUCGUUAGCCCUCCGUUUUAUUCUCCUCUAGGCUAUGCCUUUGAGGUUUGGUUAGAUGUACAUGAUGUGACCAACAUAGGGAUAUAUUUCUCCCUGAUCUCUGGAGCCAAUGAUGAACAAUUACAGUGGCCGUGUCCAUGGCAACAAGCCACAAUGACGCUAUUGGAUCAGAAUCCUGAUAUUCGUCGGCGCAUGUCCAACCAGAGGAGUGUGACUACAGAUCCAACUGAGAAAACUGAUGAUGAAGACUUUCUUUGGGACAAGCCCUCCAUAGUAGGAGUGACGGCAACUUUCCCUAAUGGAACAUCAUAUAGCAGAGGUCCACGAUAUGGAACCAGUAACUACAUAAGUCGCCUAAGGAUGCAAAGCAGAGAUUUUAUCAAAGGAGAUAAUGCUUACAUGCUUCUGACUGUGGAAGAUAUAUCAAAACUCCUUUCUACUGAGCCAUCACCUAUCCCUUCAAAGGAGCCAGUCACUCCAACGAAUCCCGAAGCAAAUCUCUGUGAGAACUUCGUUUGUCAGAAUGAUGGCGUCUGUGUUAUCCGUGAUGACAAAGCAGAAUGCAGGUGUCAAUCAGGGAAAGACUGGUGGUAUGUUGGAGAAAAAUGUGAGACUAAGGGCUUCACCAGGGACACCAUCGUUAUCGCAGUUUCAUCCACUGCGGCUGUAUUUGCUGUUAUGCUGAUAGCGACUCUUGUGAGCGUCUACUGUGUUAAGAAGAAAUACAGAAAAAGGAGCAGUGCCAGUAUAUCGGAUAUGACCUUAGGGAAUAUGUAA